ACGCUAACCGCUACACUACCGCUCCCCACACAAAGACAGGCACAUACACAAAGACAGAUACACACACACCAUAACUACAAGGAUCCCCCAUAUACCCUUAACAAGCUGGUGGGGCAAGGGCUGUUAGCGAGCAGUGUAUAUGAAGGCCGGCAUGGCACACGAGGGGGUGAUUGGCCAGCGCCUUUGUCUGCCCAGUGGCGAUGUUUACACACCACACCAGGUCCUGGUGUUGGAAGUUCCUGGUGUUAGAAGUUCGAGGACUGUCUAUACUCAUAAUGACUUUUUCUUUAUCCAGUUUACUGCCUGCAGUAAAAUAGCUGUAACCAUUUGGGUAGUGCCGCGAGAAAUGGUUAAACUUUGGACCCUGGAGAUUAAAAUCUUCCAAUCACUCGAGGUUACUUUAAGGGGCUCAAAUAUGUGCAUGCUAAAGGGGUUUGCUGUAUCCUGCGCACCACAGCAAUGCUUUAGUGAAAAGAUAAUUACGUCAAAUUGUUCACCGGUGGCAUGGGUCCUGGUAGUGCAAGGAAUACCCCCGCUGCAUCGCAGACCUCGGUGAUAUUUCUGGGUCACGGCUCGGUGUCACAAUGUCAGGCAUUCCCAGCGUGACAGGCUCACAGUCCUGCAAACUUCUCUACCGGCUUGUCUGACGACUGACCAGCGUGCACCCCAACUUAUAACAUUUAUUGAUAACCUUUAUCGGCACUUCCGGCAACGUUGAUCCUGAACCCUCGUUCACAUGAGCUGCCCACUGGUGUUUAGCAGAAUUAUGAUCGCAGAACUCGAGGAGCCGCUGGCUGCUGGGAGCUGCCGCAGGUGUUGGCGUUGCCUCAGGACUCGCCGGUGGUUAUUGACUGGCAUUGGCCGGAUGGGAAUAAACACAGCCGUGUGCCACAGUUCAUUCAUAACGAUUCGAACGCAGCCGACAUGCCAUUACGGCAAAAUUAAGUAAGAUUAACUGCGCCUUAACUGUUGCUGCAGUUUCUGGGAAUUGGUAUCUUCUUGAACAGCACCGCCACUCAUUAGGCCACCCGCUAGACUGCGUUGCUGCUUCUGUAGAGCGAAUUUGAGCCUCUCUUGGCUCGCUUUUGGAGAUUUGGUAAUGCAUGGUAAGUGACAUCUGCUCAGGAAGUUUACAAUUUAGUCGUGUUUAGCAUCCAGCAGAGACCCCCCAUGCUGCUCAAAAAACAAACAUGAUCAUGUGAUUGGAGGUCACCUCCAAUUCACGUACAGCCACUUUUUAAAUCCAUUACUGGAUGAAGGGCUCCCCACACAGUGUCGGUUCGUGGUGGUUGUUUGACUGCACUUAACCUGCACUAAUUAUUUGGUGAUGCUGCGUUGGCAGUGGUGCACAAGCACAAUUAACAAAUAACUUAAGUCCCUCGUCAAAAACACUGCCUUAAAUGAAAACAUAAAGACAUAUAAUCGGCAACGUUUUGGGAAAUGGCCCUUCAUCAAAGCACAUAAACAGAGGCCAGAGAGAUAGAGUGGAUGAUAAGAGUUGAGACUGCACUUAACACCAUGGAGGCUGAUGGGAAUUUGAUUGAAAUUUUUUUUGUAUCAAAUAAACCCUUCAAUAAUCAAAAUAAUUAUUAAACAAGUGCAUUUACAUUUUUAAAAAACUCAUGUUGCUGGCACAAUGCAUUGUGGGAAGGUUUAUUCUUGUGAGGACAAACAAGGCUCAACCCCCCUGCAAGUGCAUUCCUGGUAACCAGUCACUGUUUCAAUAAAUGCAUGGUUAACGACUGCUGGUCAGUGCAAGGCUGGUAUAGAAUAGAAGUGCCAAGGAUUGGUUGAAAUAUCAGACACCACUGAUAUUAGCCGUGGCUGCUGGGUUCAUAGCACGGUGUGCAAACCACUGCGCCACUGCUCGGCUCAUCACUUCCGACUAGUUUUUACUAUUUAACAAUUACUUUAGUACUGCUCUAGCUUUGCAGGGAAAAGGAAAACCGAUAAUUUCUUAACGUGAUAAGGAUUCAUUAUUUUCGCGUCUAUCAAGCCAUUAUAGACAGACCAGUGAUGAUGGCCAUUCGUGGGCACAGGCCCUCGUACGGUCUGUAACUGAGCUCAUAUCGUCAAUGUGGUAUUGAUUGCAGUAAUAAUAAACUAGAAAUGCACUGCCGAAUAUCGUGAAGCGGAGCAAAGACUGUGGUAUACAAACAAUCGUCUUUCCGUGAUGUGAUCUGUUGUUGACAAAUUACUGAAUUUGACGAACGGUCCUGGUGCCUGGUGGCAGCUAAUGUCAUCGCGCUGGUGAAAAUCUGUCACUUGUCCGCUUGUCUCAACAUCUGUCCACAUGGAUCAUGAUUCCCUCUUUGCGAAAUAAAAAAACAAGUCACUUUCAUUAUUUGUUUCCAUUCCGCAAACGCUUUAUUUGAUUUGUUACAUGAAUACAGGAUUAAUGUUUUAUGGUGACAAAUCACUGCAAUGAUUGAUAUCCUGCUGUUAUUUAAGGAAAAACAUCGAAGCCAGUUUUCAAAACUAAAGAACUUCGUAGCACGUUGCAUAAAUCACAAUUUGUUAUUACGCCACUCGCAAUUCUAAAAAUAAAACCUUUUAAUGAAUGUCCUUAUUGUGCGGAAAGCAUUAGUUAACCUUGUUUACGCAGAAAGGCACUAGGAGUAUUGUUCAACUGAAUGAAAAGGGCCAUCUGCUUCUGCUGGCUAAUUACCGUCCACGUGCGUUACCAUUCGCUAAUGCGCGAUAACGCAUGAUGUCGUCCCGUCUGCCACAGCCAAUCGCCUGUCGCCUCUGGCUUGACUUCCCUCCUCCUAAUCGAUUGUUGGCCACGCAUCUUUUUGAUAAAGCGGACUAGCGAAUCAUCUCUUAAGUGAUGUGGUAGGGGGGAUGGUUUGGCAUUUGAGUUGAGCUGCAUCGCGUUGUUUGCACAACCCCUGUGUGUGGCCUGUAGACCGCACCAUCAUCAUGGGCAGUGACGUGGCCCAAUAGCGCGUUUACCGCCUGUUGCCAUUGGUUCCCUGUUAUAAUCCGACAGGCCACCCUGGUUAUUACUACGAGUGUAUCGUAAAAUGUGCUAUCGUGUACAUAAAGUGGGUGUAAAAAAUAAGCCUAACAAACGAGUAGGUCAUUGUGUCCAAAUUUGCAGAAUUAAGAAAAUAUUACCUGCAGAUUACUCAAUUGUAAUUACACAUAGCAAUCACUGCCUCCCCCACCCUACUGGCAGCCUAAUGCCAAUUGCAGACCAGGUGCUGAGUACCUAUGCAUUCGUUAAUGCCAGUUCGGUUCUAUCACUGGAUGUGUGCGCUGUGUGCGCUGUGUGCACCAUGUAUUUUCCUGUCUCGUGUAAUUUACCGUGGCAUGGGAUGGCACUUUCGCUUCCCCCUUCCCAUCCUCGAUGACUGGGACCCAUGCAUCUGGAUUUACUGCCGCCAGUUUUCCGUUUCAUCCCUUUUUUUAAAAGAGACUUUCAUCAUUUGCUUACAUUAUAGAGCCACACUUACUUUGUAACUGGCUUCGUGAGUGUAGCCUUUUCUGGUUUGUUGUAAACGAAUAUAUAAUAUGUAGCAUACGUCUCUAUUAUGGAAGUAGCAUACGCAUAUACAUGUACAGUCAAUAUGUAAAUCCACUGCUGGAUGAGGGGCUGCCCAUAUCGUGUGAGUUCUGGGGGUAAUUUUACCAUACCUCACCAUGAUGAUCAGCGUGGGUUGAAGGUGAGGAGGAGCAUAUAUGUGGUAGCAUAUAAAUAGAGUAAACUAAAAUGUAUUUUGCUGCACUGUCCUCUGGCACACCACCACAUAGCCCUGUAUCCCGAUAACAACCUGUUUGUGGACGGUGAUCAUGCAUCCGAGCACCUUCCAGGCUCAGACCUGCUUAGCUUCCAAGAUCUGGUUAUGGGUGCAUUCCAGAUGAUUUCGUCAUGGGCUUAUGCUAGUAAUGCCCCUUAUUUAUCCAGGAAAGCCUCACCAAGUCUCAAUACUCUUUUUCCAGGGCGCUUCUGUCUUGAGAUAUUUUUCCAAAUCCAUUUAAUAGGUGUUUGGCGUGUGGAAGUACACCAGAGUUCCCGGAGAAAAUCAAACACACAUGAGGGUUGAACACUCAGCACUGCCAUCUCCUCACCAUAAAUGCACUGCAUAUUUCCACAUUGUCUCAUUCUCUUAAAAAUAUACAAAGUCCACCUUCAGCUUAUCUCCGUGUUUAAUUUGCAGAUCGGCACUUUGUUUGAAAAGAAAAAGUUGGCAUCUUCUCUGUGUUCAGCCGUGCUCUUUAUAUCUAACAAGCAAAGUCUAUCAGAAAGGGCUAAAUGUAUAAAGGCGCAAAUUGUAAAAAUCAUAAAACUAACAAACCGCGGAGGCAUUUUAUAAUAAAGCAUGAAUAACGAUCAUGCAGCAGUCCUGGGGACUAAAACCCAGUGUGAAGAUGUUGACGCUAAUUCGUUCCAUUUCAGCCGGGAGCAUUCGGGAGUUUCUCGCCAACGGCGUUGACCCCUCAAGUGCUGGCGCGCGGUGUGGUGUGCCGGGCGCCGGGCACUCCACACCGCCCAUGGCGCUGUUGUCGCCGACUCGGAACGUUCUGCUCGGUGGUGCCAACAUGGGCAGCAGCUUCAACUCGUGCCACUCGAUCCUCAGCGGCGGGUCCGUCUCCAACUUGUCUGACCUGCUGGAGCUGCGAGGCGACGACCCCGAGGGGCUGCUGCUGGAGCUGGGCUUCGGCGAGGAGGAGGAGGAUGUGGCAGCACGCGUACCGCCGCGCUUCUUCAGCACACCCUCGGCCGCCCGCGGAAUCGACCUGCGCGUCUUCCUGCGAGCACAGCUCCAACGGAUGGACGAGGAGAGCCCUACGAUCGCCAGUCGUUUCCGACAGGUGGAGGUGCUGGCCAAGGUGACGGACACCUUCUCCUCCCUCUACUCGCACGUGCGAGUCCGCCGCGACCAGUCGCUCGCGGAGACUCCCAGCUCUCCCCGAUCCCCGCUUCUUGGCAGCGCCAACUCCGUGGCGUCACGGGCCGCUCAGAACCUGCUGUGCCGCACGCGCUGGCAGAAGAGGAAUGACAGCAGCAGCGUCGCGGCGGACGAAUUGAUCAACAGGGACGAUGGGACGAUGGACGGAGGCGGCGGUGGCGGUGGCGGUGGAGGCGACGUGGGGGGACCGGGGAGGCGCGGGGGACGGCUCAGGAAGCCGUCACGGUUAGUGGAGAGCCCCCUGCGCCUGGAGCCACUGGUGGAGGAGGUUUCUGUAGGCGGCGGAGUCUCGCCCGUGCUCCCCGGAGCGCCAGCGUUCAGCUUUGUGGGAUUCGCGGUGGCACCAACGCACAAUGACCUGAAGUCGGGAAUCGGCCUGACGUCUGAGGGCCCCGAGCCUGCGUGCACACUCGUGAACAGAGUCGCGGAGGCUACUGCUGAUGAUCCUUAUCCAGUAUUUGUUGACGAGGAAGAUCAUCGAGAAAACGUGCCUUGUUCGAGUCCGGAAGCGGAGGACCUUAGCUUAGGCUCACCUGCUACAUCCGUUGAUGGUGUAGAUGUGGCGUGCGAUAACAAAAUCGCAUUUGACAAUUCGAACCCAAGCGGCAUUGCAAUGGAAUUAAAAUAUGCCCUGAAUUACAAUGACAACCCCGUUGACGGUGCGGAUUCGAGUGGCGUUCUCCAGUCGCAUGCCGUAUGUUCCUACACAGACAAGGGAGUCGAUGAUCAGCGGGCGCAUGCAACCAUUGAGCAAGGUGGGGACAGUCGUGCGAGGAAGCAGAUUGCAAAGGCUGCCUCCUCUCAGUCAGGUGAUGAACUGUGGCAGGAACCUUUGGACCCCAAAGAGGCUUUGUCUCAGCAGCCGCUGCCAUACAGGCAGAAUGUGGGCCGACGGCACGCAGCGAGCCCACAGCAAAUGCGCUCGUUAUCGUCGGACGACAGCCAAGAUCUUCCGACGCCCUUCGAAGAUUGCGAUCACAGUGAAAUAAUCAUGGAUCAGGAGGACGGAGAGCGUGAGGCCUCACCGGAGCUGGUGGCUUGUGUAGCGCACAAGCCUGAUGGGCCACUGGAACAGUGUAGACGGCACCUGAUGGAAAACUUCCGCACAAACAGCCUGCAGUCGGACAGCAGCGGCUUCGUCGACGACUCGAGUGUCGACCUCAACCCAAAGAGGAACGCUGAGCUCUUCUGUACUUCCCACGUGGAGAUGGGCAGCAGCAUGGAGAGCUCGGACAGCUGCGUGACCGUGCGGUGGAUCGGUGCCAAGCAGGCCGAAGCCAUCACGUGCCUGAGCCCCACAUCGCCGGACAUGAGCGAAGCGAGUUUCCUCACGACCGUGUCCAACUGGGACGAGGAGACAUGGGACAGGGAGACGCGGGAGGGGGAGAUGCAGGAAGAGGAGCUGUGGGAGGAGACGCAGGAAGGGGAAAUACGGGACAGGGAAGCACGAGAGCAGGAGGCACGGCGUGGGGAGAUGAGGGAAAUCCAUAUGCGGGAGAAGGAGAAGCAGAACAGCGAGACCCAAGAGGAUGAGAUGCAGGAAGGGGAGAUGCUGCACAGGGACGUGCAGGAGCAAGAGACACGGGAUGCGGUGACGUGGGAAAUGGAGUCGCAUAAGGAUGAAAUGCAGGACGGGGAGAUGCAGGAGGAAGAGAUAUGGAAAGAGGACAGCGCGGUAGCGUCACCGGGCCCAGACUACGCUAUCUCCACAUCCCCGUGCGAUUUGUCAGAGACGGAUGGAGCGCAUUUAAACAGCGUCGACCGUGGCGACUUGCCGACGGCAUCAAGUCAGUGCAGUUUUUCACGGAGCGAGCAAAACCUAGCAGGUGUUGUCGACACCGUGUUUGAGAUUUACAUGAUUUUCAGUGAGGAGCCUCAAGAAGAGCACGGCUCACAAAUGAAUUUCAAGCCUUUGGGAUCCUUGACUCCCAUCUCUAGGGAAACGUAUGGAAUGGAGCUUGAGUCAAGUGGCGAGCCAGAGAUGGAGUGCAAUCCCAGCAGAAUUUUAACAGAAGACCUCAUCAUUAAACUCGAGGACACGCUCGGAGGAGAACUCUCCCAAGAACCCGCAUCGAUUGGUGAGCAUUUAACGAAUUCACGUGACGUGUUUCACGGCGAUUUGGGCAAAAAUAGCAUUCCGCUGGGGUGCAACAGUGACCUGUUAGUGAGCGGCGAUGUUCCUCUGAUCGAUGUGGGUGACCCUGCCAGGGGGAGGUCACGCCUGCAGCGACCAAACGUCGUUGAUUUACGAGCGACUGAAAGUGUCUCUGAGGGGCCUGAAUUGCGAGUGCAGGAAGAGGCGCAUUUCGGGGCAUUUGAGGUGUCCACGCCAGUGAACUGCGAGUACAUCGAUCACCCAAAGACGCGACGUGUCGUCGGCGAGGCGCGCUGGGAGCCAGGCACACAAGUGUUCGCGAAUCUCGAGUCCCAUCGACACUCCAAUCGAAAUUUGGAGGAGGCUUUUGAUGAGGAAAUCCAAGAGGGUUUGGAACAAGAAGAAUCAUUAAGUGAUUCGGAACAAAGCUCUGUACUGGAUGACUCUGAUGCUGCAGGAGAAGCUGAAGGGAGAGUGCAGAUUUCGGGCUCACAAGACGACCACGGGAUGAUUGCCAGGCCUGGAACUUGGAAUCGAAAUUUAACUUCUCACAAAAUGAUCUCAUUCGUACCAUCCUCUCGCUUGAUAUGCAGUGGCGUGCCUUACGUACCACCCUCGGUCGCUCGGAAGAUACAAACGUCUCUGCACCGCAUUUCUGUGAGGGACCGCGGGCAGCAGGGUGAUGCUAGAGAAGCAGAGACGCCGCAAAACGUGACCUCGCCACUGAAGGCAACGUCACCUCCUGCCACGAGAGCGCAGCAGGGAGCAUCCCCACCGUGCCCAGGUUUGUCGAUGCCCCGUGGCCUCUUCUCUAGUGAGAGACCCUCCCCAGUGCCCGGUAAACCUCCGGUAAAGUGGGUUGAGUCUCCUCGCGUCGUAUCGUCGAUACUCAUAAUGAACGGCACGGACGACCACGCGGCACGCCUUCCCCGUCGCGUCCAGUUUGCACCCAGCAGCUCUCCCACAUCUCACAAAGAAAAUAAAUGUCCUCAGAGGAAUGAGGAAAGCGCGACGAGGAAAAUCGAAAGGAACUCUAAUAGAGGUUAUGGCGCUGACGGCGGCUGUAGAAUGGACGACCGUGCGAAAACGUGUCGGACGGAACUGUUCGUGCCUUUACGAAGAAAACAGCACAAAUUCUUGGACAGCAGUGUUCAGCCCUCGCGACUCCACUCGAGGUGCGGCGAAGACAACGAUGUCUUCGCAGGCCACCAUCACUCGUGCAUGGGCAAUUCCUCAAGUGUUCACCCUUGGCACCUUGUCAGCCAGCCCUGCUGUCCCGAGUACCAUCACGCUCACCACCACCACCACCACCGUCGCCAGAGUGUGCCAUUGUGUGACGAGUGCGGCGCCGCUCAGGUUCUUCCUGCGAGGUCGCCGUGCUCACUUGCCGUGUGCGCCAGCGUCGUUCCCUGGCACGCGGCGCCGUGCUCCCCGUGGGCACCAUGUGGGCACGGCGCGUCUUGUGCACGUACGCUGGAGGCCCGACUUAUGGAGGUUCUGUGCGGGAUCCAGCUCGCCGUGAGGAGCGUCACUGCCUCGCUGAUCGGUGGAACAGACGCGGGUCACGUGGCAGAAACCUCUAAAGACUUUCAAGAGCAGCGGCUCCGGACUGAGUGUGCCCUGCACGAGAUGGACUCUGUGCAGAGAGACCUGUUGCGCUUCGAGCGAGAGAUGAGCGAGCUGGAGCAGCAGUCAGCAGCGCAGCCAGCGGUGACGCAGCGCCACAGGCGGGAGUGGGAGAGGCUGCGGGCCCUGCGUGAAGACGUGCGGAGGGAGCUGGCCCAGCUGCAGGAGCGGCUGCGGGACAGGAGGCGAGCGCUAGAGGGGCAGCUGCAGGCGGAACCCACAUGGGGAGCGGCAGCCACAGAGAGGAGCGCGAAAUCCUCCGAGAGUCCGUUCCUGCAGCACAUGGUAUCGGAGCUACUGCAAGAGCAGGCCAAUCUUAAGCUUGAAAUUUUGGAGGCCGAGGGACAGCAGGAGACGCGAUGGGAGUGCAGCGGAGACACGGGCAGCCCACGUCCCCACGCGGCCGCGAGGGUCGCACCAGCCGCCACGCGGUGCGGGCCCGGCGCAUCGUCCCCCGCGGAGCCCAGCACGGAGCACGCGGCGAAUUGCCUCUCGCCAACCUCUGAAGCGGAUGCAUGGCCGCAAUGGGGACGGCACCGCCGGUGCUCGACCGCCGCGAGCGAAGUGCCGACAUACCGGCCACACGGGCCGCGAGGCGAUGCGGAGCGACACGACGCGGCGUGCCGGGAGAGGAGGCCGGAGUCUCCGGCGAGCCGACGAUCAUCCGGUGGCUCACGAGAUGAGGCGGCCGUGAGUCACGGAGAGCUCCUGUACCUACUAAAGAUGAUGAAGGACUCCAUGCUGCGAGAGGUGCGCAAGGAGGUGCUGGACAACAUGCUCCCUUUCCUCACCGGUGCCGAGUUCUCAGCUUCUCUCCCCGAGGAGCUCGAGUCGUGAUGAUCAUCCCGUACCCUCGCAAAGCUCCUGGGCAUGAGUGCUCCUACCUGAUCACUACCAGAAGCAGAGCUGCAAGAGGAUUAGGACUUCAGCGGGGUGGUUUGUGAACUACUGCGUAUGUUUUCACAGCUGUUCUUUAUAAUUCUCUGCUCCACUUACUGGAAGCUUUAGUUCCUGAAAAAUCUCCCACCACAUUGAGCAAAACGUCGGACAGCAUGCCAAGCAAAACGCGGUAUGACCUGAAACACAUCGGAUAUCCAUUUCUGCUUGUGUUCUCGUCUGCCCUCCGUCGUGGGUGGCAUUGGAAGGAAGGCGAUAAACAACACCCUGGCUCUGUGCGCAGGUUUUCCCAAUCUUCCACCUGCAAGCAAAGUGCGUGAGAGCGGGGAAUGCACAUCGCACUGUGAAAAAAAAACACACGGGAUCAAGCGAGGCCUUGGUGCGUCUGACAGCUGCUGUCUCUGGGCUGGGGCAGGCACGCAUUGCAGUGUGCACGUUGAACAAAUACGUCGAGUAUCUCGAAGCACAUGGGGCAGUCUGGGGAGGGUCUGGAUCAUACGGGAGUGAGCGGCGAUUGCUCUGCGGGUUCGGCCAUCGUGGGAUUGGAAGAAGCGAUAGCAUUUUACUGCGCAGCUCUUCGCAGUCCCUUCGCUUUAUAGCCCUUCGAUGUGUCUCCGUGGUGUUUGGACAACACGGGGUAACAACCCGAAUACUCAUCGGAGAGCGAAGCAUUUGUAUGCUCAUUUCCUGCAGUGCCCUGCCGGUUUUCAGAAUUAAAUCCACUCUUCCUGCAAGCAAUGUGCCAAUAUAUUUUUAAAUGCAAUUAAUACUUAAAUAUAAUUACUUUUUCCUGAGUGCAUCACUCAAAGUGAAAAACUGUUUCUUAUUGUGUUUAUAUAUAUUGAAACUCGGAACGAAUAGCGGUCGUAGAGUUUUUGUUUUUAUGCAUGUGACGACUCCUCUUGCAACGGAACUAAUUAUGAAUAUAUCAAUCGCAUCUCUCCCUUGAAAUUGCUGCACAUGCUGCUCAGAGUUUACAUGAAUGCUUGGAAUCGCAGCUGAUGCAAACACAAAACGUGCAAUUAUUUGAAUAGAAUUGUUUUUGUUCGUCUUUUGAAUUCUACCUUUUUAUGCAAGGUGUGCGUGCACAUGGGGUCUGUGAGCACGUCCACGUUACGCGUUAAGUCCGCGUGCAACAUAUGGAAAUCUGAAUGUACAGAUGUUUAUACAAUCUUGAUUUAAAGCUUUCGUGACUGCAGGAAUUCAUAUUCUUUGGGUCUUUCGGUAAGGCCACGUAGAUAGAACAGAUAAUAAUAAAAUAACAAUAUCGUCAUCAGGUGAAAAAUAUAGCGGGAGAGCUGCUGACAAUAUAUAUUCUCAGCAGCUCUUCCACUAUAUUUUUGCGAUCGAAACAUCGUGAUGUCGUUAUUAAUUUUAUUAUUUUGGAUUAUUUGUUCUAUCUGCGUGGCUUUACCGAAAGACCCAAAGAAUAUGUAUCAGUCUUGUUGUCACAGAGUUCAUAAGGGGAUGUAUUUUUUUCUUGAAUAUAGUGGCAGAGAUUAAACUAUUCAACUUGAUUUAUUUUACCAGUUAAGCCCACUGAGCUAUAUAGCUCUUUUUCAGAAGUGGCCUGGCUACAAAUGAUAACUCAACGAAGUGGCUUAUGUGGAAAUUUAUAACAGCCAAAUGCUCUGAACGCAUGUUUUUAAAUGUAGAGAGAAAGACCGGAGGACCCGACAAAAAAUCCACGUGACCACGGGGAGAACAUGCAAACUUCAAAUAUACAGGCGUCAGGGUCGGGAUCGAACCCACGACCUUCUAUAUACCUGGCGAGGUAGUAUCUUGCCACCAUGGCGCCCAUAUGAUGUAUACGAUGGCAAAUUUUAACUCCAGUGCAAUAAAUGACACGCGUAUUCUUUGGAAAUAUAUGGGCGUUGGAAUGCGAUAGAGCUGCUAUGCACAACGCACACUUAACCGUACAUUUUUUCUUCAAAGUGUUUAACAUUCCAUUUAUUUAAGGUUAGUUUAAAAUGCCUUGUGCACUUUUUUGCCACCUUCAUCUAUAUGUAAAUGCACAAUGCACUGUGCUUUUCGCAUGUGAUUUCUACACCUCCUGGGAGGUGCUGGGUGGCUCUGUGCCAGAGUGAAUGCCGGUGUCCGUGUUUUCUGCGUUGAACUCUGAAUAAUUGCGCUGCGCUGGGAGGUGUGACGCCACUCUCUCCUACGGUUUCGUUUCGAAAUCAGAAAAUUUGCAUCUUUUUUGCAGAUGCCGAAAGCCACACAUUCCUGCCUUUUAUUCCUCGUGUUAAUGGGUCUACGACAAACAUCGCCAUAAACAACACUCAUUGACGGUCAGGGCCCACCAAGACACUUAAAUAUUUAAUGAAACGCACAUUUCCAAACACUAAAUUACACACGCAGGCAGAAAGCAACAGCGUACUUAUUCAGUGUAUUGCCAAAGAUCGACUUAUCUAGUAUUGAAUGUUUUUAAAAUUCAUACUAAAAAUAAAUCGAUAUUUUAUGGCGUGGAA